GCCCAGCCGCGCAGCUAAUUCGGCUGCGGCUGCUGUCGCAGCUCAAAUCUACAACCAGAAGUCGCCGCCGCUCUCGCAGGCCACACAGCAGAUGCUCAGCUACAAGCCUGUGGGACCCUUGGGGGCGCUCUCUCCGCUACAGGUGUCCAUGGCCAAGCGUUUCGAGAUUGGCGGCUCUAUGUCGCCCAAUGCAGGCCUGUCCUUUCUAUCGCCCCGACGCGAUGAACCCCGCAUUGUGGAGAUGCCUGUGCAGGGCGGAGUAAUGCCAGAGAAGCCGGUAUGCACCAAGAAGCUGAGACGCCGCUAUGUGGAAGAGGACGAUGCCACUUCAGUUAUCACCAGCGAGGAGGAUGACUGCAUAUCGCCGGGAUAUCACACAUCGCUGCCCAUGGAAGUACACGGCUCGUGCUAUUCGGAAAUGCAAAUGAUUUCGCACGCCUCCUAUCAGCGCCUGCGCUGCAGCAGUGUGGUAAUCACCCAACACUCGUUCGAUCUGGAGACCUUCACGUACUAUGUGAUUAGUUUGCUGUGCCAGAAGCACCACAAGAUCUACAAUGUGUUCUACGACUGGGCCUACGAGGUGAUUAGCGUCUGCCCCCUGAGCCAGACGGUCAGCUGCCUGCUCAUGGCCCAGUUCUCGGCACGAGAUCAGCCCUACGCUCCGCUGACGAACUGCCUGCACUGCACCGGCCGCAUAGACUGUAUGUUCCACAAUCGCCAGUACGAGUGUCGCAUACUGUUCACCUGGAACAUGGAGAGCGGCCAGUGGCAGGUCCUGGACUACGGCGAACUUCGGGAAAUGCACGAGCUCUUCAAUCCACUGAAGCGUCUGUGCAAGUCGCGCCUGACCUUUGCCCAAAUGGCCAAGAAGAUGGCCAAGGAGAUGACGGAGAGCUUGAACAAGCUCCCCGACUAUGCCUCCAAUCUACGUGUGCUCAACUCUGAUAUUAAGAAGUCAAAAUCGUAUAUCUGCGAUCUCGACAACAUGGUGGAGUUUCACCUGAAACGCACACCCCAAGGGACGCUCUGAGCAGCUCUGAGAAUCUGCGGAUUCACUUGCUCUCUGCCAAGAUUUUUUUCGUACAACUCGCAACGGUUGCGUGCAUCUAGUUCAGUUCUAAACACAACAAAAAACGUGUGCUGUAUUUAGUCUUUAGUUACCUACAUACCUACAUAUUUGUAUAUCUUACUUAGUGCAACGAAACGCUUUUGCAAACGGUCCUAAUUUCGACUGAAGUCAUUUAAGUAAUCUACGAUCUAGGUUCUAGUGGAAUUUCGUAAGGAAAGAGGGCUUGGGCCAAGGGCUCUGGCUCAGGCUCUGCUCAUCAUACAUUUAUACUUACAAUAAUUGUAUACUUUUGAUAUUUGAGAUUGCAAUUCAACUAUUACUUUAAUAUUAGUUAGUAACUCUACGAACUACGGUACUAACGAUGCCAGUACUAAUUUAGUUAGCGGCCGCCCUUCUCCUCUGCAGGGUGUGCAUAAAAAAUAUACAACUUUAA